CUCUGUCUCACUCAGCUCGGUGCAGCAUGUAUGUUAGAGUGUCUGAGACACCGGAGCCUGUGUUUACAUGCAAGCCUAUCAGUGGAGGUGGAUUUAGAGCAUCUGGAGGACCCAGGCAUCUCCCAUGCUCCUCACCGGGGACUCACCUCCUUUUAUCUCGCCUCGGGUAUCCCAUUUCUCCCUUUGAAUCCUCCUUUCAAUGGCCUCUUCAAUCUCUGCCCUGCUCUCUGAGGCAUUUUGGAUUUCCUUGGCAACGUGGAGCAGCUUAAAUUAGAAUUCUGUGCAUGACGGUCCUGGUAAGCAGUAGAAUGGUGUCCGGGGAGGCAGGUGGGCACAGCUACCUGGUGGCGUGCUGGCAGCCCAUCCUGGUCCUAAUGCUGGGCACUGUCCUCUCCGGCUCCACCACCGGCUGCCCGUCCCGCUGUGAGUGUAAUGCUCAGGAACGUUCCGUGGUGUGCCAUCGACGGAGGCUGGCCUCGUUUCCCGAGGGCAUCCCCAUCGAGACGAAACUACUGGACCUCAGCAAGAACCGUCUGAAAAGCCUGGGGCCUGAGGAGUUCAUCAACUACCCACAGCUGGAGGAGCUGCAGCUCAAUGAGAACAAUAUCUCUUCCAUGGAGCCCGGGGCUUUUAGCAACCUUGUCGGCUUGCGGACUCUGGGGCUGCGCAACAACCAGCUUAAGCUAAUCCAGUUGGGAGUGUUCACAGGCCUCAGCAACCUCACCCAGCUGGACAUUAGCGAGAACAGAAUUGUCAUCCUGCUGGACUACAUGUUCCGGGAGCUGUACAAUCUGAAGGCUCUGGAAGUGGGCGAUAACGACCUGGUGUUCAUCUCUCACCGAGCGUUCCACGGCCUCAGCAGCCUGGAACAGCUGACCAUGGAGCGGUGCAACCUGACCUCUGUGCCCACUGAGGCCCUGAGCCAUCUGCACAACCUGCUGUCGCUGCGACUACGCCACCUCACCGUCAAUGCCGUCAGGGAUUACUCCUUCAAGAGGCUGGAACGCCUGAGGGUGUUAGAGAUCUCCUACUGGCCCUACCUGGACACCAUGACUUCCAAAUGCCUGUACGGCCUCAACAUCACCUCCCUGACCAUCACAAACUGUAACCUCACCGCCAUCCCUUACCAGGCCAUCCGACACCUUGGGCACCUUCUCUUUCUCAACUUGUCUUUUAAUCCCAUUCACACGGUGGAGGGGAACAAGCUGCACAAUCUAAUGAGGCUCCAGGCCUUCCACUUGGUAGGAGGGAGAUUAGCCACAAUCGAGCCCUACUCCUUCCGGGGCUUGAACCAUCUCCGAGUCCUCAACGUAUCCAGCAAUAGCCUGAGCACCCUGGAGGAAUCUGUGUUUCACUCCGUGGGGAACCUGGAGACCCUGGCACUGUACGGGAACCCACUGGCCUGCGACUGCCGACUGCUCUGGGUCUUCCGUCGCCGCUGGAGGCUCAACUUCAACCGGCAGCAGCCCUCCUGCUCUUUGCCCGAGGCCGUGCAGGGCAAGGAGUUCAAAGACUUCCCCGACAUCCUCCCCUCCGAUUCCUUCACCUGCCAGAAGUCCAGGAUACAAGACCACAAGGCACUGCAGAGGCACGUAGACGAGGGCACAACGGUCCAUUACACAUGCCAGGCCGACGGCGACCCAGCCCCCGUGAUCAUGUGGCUGUCCCCCAAGAAGCAGUUUAUCACCACCAAGUCCGUGGGGCGUCUCAGCGUGUCCCCCGAGGGCACGCUAGAGGUGCGCUACGCCCAGAUCCAGGACAACGGUACCUACCUGUGCAUCGCCAGCAAUGCCGCAGGGAAUGACACCAAGCCCGCCCACCUGCAUGUGCACAGCUACUCGCCCAACUGGCCGCACCAGCCCAACAAGACGUUUGCUUUCAUCUCCAACCAGCCCAGCGAGGACGGGGCCAACGGGACCCUGGCCCAGGUUCCCUUCCCAUUCGACGUGAAGACUCUGAUCAUCGCCACCACCAUGGGAUUUAUCUCGUUCCUCGGCGUCGUCCUCUUCUGUCUCGUCAUCCUCUUCCUCUGGAGCAGAGGAAAAGGCAACGUCAAGCCAAACAUAGAGAUUGAGUAUGUACCGCGUAAGGCGGAGGCAGGUGAGAGUAGUCCAACCGGCGAUGCGCCACGUAAAUUCAACAUGAAAAUGAUGUGAGACUCAAGCUUACUGACACACUAUAUUCUCUUUAAAUAUAUGUGGAAUUUAUGAGAGAUAGACAUCUUGAUACUAUACCCCAAGACUGUUUUACCUUCAGGGACUGAAUCUUAAACAGCGAGUGUUGGAUUUAAAAAGUAUUCAAAUCUCUGUGCGUUUUUAUGGGCAAUAGUCAUAAAGAAAAUAAGCCAGUCAUGUUUUAUGCUCCUUUCAACCUGAAAAGGGAGAUUGUCUUUAUCUGGUCUUUUGAUUGUUUUAUUUUCUCUGUGUCUUGUUCUUCUUACCAUGUACAAUGAGCAAAGGAAUGGUCGCAAUACCACUUAAAGGGGUAGUUCACAAAAAUACUGAAAUUGACAGCAGCAACGGUAAGAGGAAUAUCAUGUCAAUUUGUUUGAACUAUACCUUUAAUGGUUAUGGGUUUUGAGCAUAUUACUGUAUUAUGAGCAGGUGCAAUUCAAGCAAUGUACGUACAGUGCAUUCGGAAAGUAUUCAGACCCCCCUUGACUUUUUCCAAAUGUUGUUACGUUACAGCCUUAUUCUAAAAUUGAUUAAAUCAUUUUUUAACUC